UUAUCUCCACUGCAGUUCCUAAGGACAGACGUAAGCUACAGAUACAGCGACAUGAAUACCUACGUUUGUUUAGCCGCUCUCUUGCUAGUCAGCGUCAACGCUGCAGGGAAGUACGGUGCAGGAAAUGGAGGCAUGGGAGGAGGAAGUGGAGGAUUUGGAGUAAGUGGAGGAAGCGGAGGAAGCGGAGGAUUCGGUGGUAGUGGUGGAUUCGGAGGAAGUGGAGGAUUCGGAGGAAGUAGUGGAUUCGGCGGAAGCGGGGGUUUCGGUGGAAGUGCUGGAUCCGGAGGCAAAGGCAGAUUUGGUGGUGUGAGUGGAGGCAGUAGUGGAGGAUUCGGAGGAAGUGGUGGAUUCGGAGGUGGUUCUGCCGGUAAAGGUGGGAGCUUUGGAGGAAGCGGUGGAUUUGGAGGAAUGAGCGGCGGUGGAUUUGGCGGUAGCGGAGGAUUCGGGGGUAUGAGUGGAGGAGGGUUAGGAGGAAAAGGUGGAUUCGGAGGAAUGAACGGUGGCGGAAGUGGUGGAUUUGGAGGAAGCGGAGGCUUUGGAGGAAAGUAGUGGAUUUGGAGGAAAAGGUGGAUUCGGAGGAAUGAGCGGUGGCGGAAGUGGUGGAUUUGGAAGCAGCGGAGGCUUUGGAGGAAGUGGUGGAUUCGGAGGAAGCGGAGGAAGUGGAGGAUUUGGAGGAAUGGGUAGUGGAGGAAGUGGUGGAUUUGGAGGAGUGAGCGGCAGUGGAUCUGGAGGUAGCGGCGGUUUUGGUGGAAGUGGAGGAGCCAAAUACUAAGAAGAGAAGAAACAACAAGAAAAUUGAUGAUGCAUUUUUAAUUAUAAAACUAGCCAAAUAAAUUCACAUAAAAAUUCAAA